AUGCCGACUGCAGGUCCAAAUGAUAUGCCUACAACAGAAGGGCAAUCAACUAUGUAUCGACUUACUACUGAAAAUUCCGAUGGUGAAUAUAGUGAUCAAGAUUUACUCAGUUUAGUUAAUUAUUUUGAAGUUAGCCGUGCUGAAUUGAAAAAUCGUGUUGAUUCAUUAUUAGCACAACCAAUUCUUAAAGCAAAACAAGUUGAUACACAGGCACCAAAAUUAUUCGAAGAUGAAUAUAUUAAAAACUAUGGUAAUAGUCGUACUUUAAAACUUUAUUCACAAGGUGAUCCAAUAACAUUACCUAUUGCUUCAACUCUUCGUUUAUUGGCAAAUAAUUCAACAAUACAUUCAUUUAGUGAACCUUGGCUUUCAGCAAAAUUUUCAUUUCGAGAUUAUACAAAUCCUCUUAAUUAUGGUCUUAUUGCUGAUCGAACGGGUGCCCGCGGCCUUAUUUUAAGUGUUCAAGCUUUUGUAAUUCGUCAUUUACUUUUGAAAAAUCUUUUAUCACCAAAUAAACAUCGAUCUAUUUCGGUCAGUAUUGAAGCACGUAAUGAAGCACUUGUUGAUGCAAUUACUGAAAUUUUAUGGCAAGCUGGUGAACGUCGAGGAGCAACAGUCUCUGUGCCUUAUGCAGGUGAUGAAUGUUUUUCAAAUUAUGGUGUUCACUAUGUAGCUGAUGGAAUAACAGAACGAUUACAUAUGUUUGAAUUUGUCGAUAUAGCAAAACUUCGUACAUUCAUUAUCAAAUGUUUACCAUACUUUAUGAAAGAAAAUGGCGUGAUUAUAUUUCUCUAUAGUCUUAUGUUAUCACGUACAUUAAAAAAAUUAAUCGACGAUCUUGAUCAUACACGUUUAGUAGGUGAUCGUGAUGAAUCAACCAUUCAAAUGGUUACAUUAGCAUUAACUGGACGAGCUUUACAUUAUUUUCAUAAUGGUGUUAUUGAUGUUGAUUCAGAUGGAAAUUUAAUGGAACAUCCUCAAUAUGGUGUAAAAGAUCGAUGUUCAGUUGGAUUUAUUUAUUGGUCAAAACAUGAAGAUGAUGGUUUCUAUCAUAAACAAGAAACUGGUUCAAUGUUACGUACACCGAAAGUACCUGUAUGGCUUGUAUGUUUAAAUCGUCGUUAUGGAAUUAUGUUUUCAACAAAUAUUAAUCUUUUAAAUAAUUGGAUAUAUGAAAAUUAUUUUCAAUUACAUAUUUAUACAGGUUUAAAAAAACAAGAAGAACCUUGUUUACUUUCAAUUGAUACUCGAGAACAAUAUCCAGCAUCAAUUUAUGGAAAUUUUUUUGAAGAUACUGAUCAAUUUACACCGGAUUUUAUUCAAUUAUUGCAAACACGAUGGGCAGGAUGUAAAAUUGAAAAUGCUGAUGAAGUCUUACAUGAUCUCAUGACAUAUUUUUAA